AGCCAUUUUCAUUACCGAAACGUUACCAACAAUCGUAAAUAAACUAAUAAAAUAUUUCUCCUGCACACAGAUUACCGUUGCUACUUUCAUCACUCUCAUCGGCUUUACUGCCAACACCGGCUAUGGCGCCCCGCAAGAACAGGGAUACAACUACCUCACCCCAACGACCCCUACCCCUCCCUCCUAUAGCUACGGUUACACCGUAGACGAAGUUGACAACGAGAGGCAGCCGGUCAAAUUUGGCCACCAGGAGAGCCGCAGCGGUCCUCAGACGACUGGGACGUACUACGUCCUCUUGCCCGACGGCCGAGUGAUGACCGUCAAUUAUUACGCGGACGAGACGGGAUUCCAUCCGACUUAUUCCUUCCACGGGCAGGCUGCUUAUCAACAAGCUGCUGCUCCUGCAGCGCCUACGCAGCUCUACAGUCCUCCCAGCGGAGAACAAGCAGCUUUGGCAACACCCCAGCAUCAGCAGCAGGUCGUUAGCCUACCUGCAGCUGCACAGGUAGUCUUAGUAAGACCAAGGCAGCAAGCCAUCAGCCUACCUGCAGCUGCACAGGCAGUCUUAGCAGCACCAAGGCGACAGCAGCAGCAGGUCAGUCUACCUGCAGCUGCGCAGGUAGUACGAGCUAAGCCACAGUUGCAAUACAGUCUUCCUGCAGCUGUCCAGGCAGUUCUGGCAGAACCGUCCCAGCUGUAUCAUACUCGCAGAGGAUAGUGAAUUCACUACCUUGGAUCUGAUCCCUCAGGACGCAAUGAGAUAUUUGCACUCUUCACCCUUCUCUGACUUAUAGUCCUAUGAUCAAACAAUGUUCAUUUUGAUAGGCCUACG